AAUAGCUAAACUAUCACUUCCCCAGCCAGAAAGACUGAGCCAGGGAAGGAGACUAGCAAAGAGCAGGACACGGCAAGGAGGGGCUGGAGGAGGAAAAAAAAGAAAAGUUUAGACAGAGUGAAAACUUUAAUGAAAAGAAUCCAGAAAAGUCUGAGAGGACAAAAGCUGCUCAGAAAAGUUUUGCAGGACGGAGAGGAGGUGUGAAGUGCGGAGGAGGAACGUUCACCUCUGCAAAUCCCAAGACUUCACUCAUCUGGAUGUCAUCUGGCUACUAAGAAUCCCACACAGAUCCAGACGGAACUAAUUUUCACCAUGCAUCUUCUGAUAAAAUGGAGUGUUCUACUAAGUGCCAUGUACACAGUCCUUGUUGAAACUUGUCCAGAUGGCUGUCAAUGCAACCAACCAUUGACCAUCUUCUGCUUAAGUCGCAAAGACCCCGGUUUUCCUCGGAACAUACCACAGAACACCUUAAGCCUUUACCUUUUUGAGAAUGGCAUUAGUUCCAUUGAAGAAAGCAGUUUUUCAGGUUUGUGGGACUUGCUGCUCUUAGAUCUAUCUCAUAACAAGCUGUCUCAUCUACCUGGUGGAGUUUUUAAGAGCUUGGCAAACCUCAGCAACCUUGACCUUUCAUCUAAUCAAAUUACUGAGAUCUCCGCGGAGACCUUUCAAGGGCUAGGUCGGUUAGAGAGGUUGUAUCUCAGUGGAAAUCAGAUUCGUAGUAUUCAUCCUGAUGCCUUCAGAGGUCUUGAGAACUUGCUUGAACUUAAGCUGUCACAGAAUCAACUAGUUGUAGCGCCAGCUUUCUCCUUACCACAUCUUUUGCUCCUGGAUCUUAGCUACAAUGCUAUCCCCAUAAUCCAACCUGGAGUAUUCCAUGCAACCAAUAUUGAGACUCUAAGACUGGCUGGUCUUGGCUUGAAAGAAGUAACAGCAGAUUUAUUGAGUGGCCUCAAGAAUCUUCAUGAUCUAGACCUGUCUCAAAAUCAACUUAGUAAAGUGCCGUCCGGCCUUCGUGGUUUAAUCAAACUCAACCUUGCUGGCAAUGCUGCAAUUUCUCAGCUUCAACCAGAAGAUUUCGCUGGUCUCACUGGAUUACAAGAUUUAGAUUUAAGUGGGUUGAAUCUUCGUACUUUGCCAAAGGGUCUUUUCCAAUCUUAUAAACGACUCCGUGGCAUAAACCUGGCACAAAACCCUUUUAACUGUGUAUGUUUAUUAAGCUGGCUGACAGAAUGGUUGCGGGUGAGUGGGGUUACUCUGCUGCGUCCUGAUGAAACUCGUUGCCACUUCCCUCUGAAAAAUGCUGGCAAGAUCUUACGCAAUUUACAAAGUUCUGAUUUUGGAUGUCCAAUACCCACAACAGUCUUUGUGCCGACGACCUUAGCACCUACCACCACAGCUCCACCACCUACACCUACAACUUCUAAACCAACAGCCAGUCCAACCUCUAUUCCAACCACGACAAUUCCAGCUUAUCAGACAGAAGUGCCAGAACCCGACAUACCAACUCCAUAUGACCAGCUGUGUCCACCUCAAACUUGCUUGAAUGGUGGUUUCUGUCGGAUGAACUCUCUUGGAGAACUAGAAUGUGAUUGCCCAGCUGGAUUCUAUGGUAUGUACUGUGAGAUGCUGUCAUUAACACCUUUUCCUGAGCAGCCUCUACUACAACUGCAAGUUACUGAAGUUACUAGUAGCUCUAUUACAAUUGAUCUACAAAGUUAUACUGAAAAAAAGAAACACCUACUAGGACUUAGGCUCACUGUUCAAAACCUGUCUACCGCAGACCACUGGUCUGUUACCUACCAGCUACCCCCAUCAAUCCCAUACUAUUCCUUGACAGAACUGUCCGCUAACAGCACUUACAGGCUUUGUCUUGGAACCAUGCGUGAUGUAAGUUCAGAAAGUGAGCUGUGCACAGAGGCACACACUUUGGCAGAAUCUCCAAAAUCUAGUGCACACAUCAAUCAGUCUCGAGAGGGAAAUCUAACCUUGGUUUUAGUGCCAGCUGCCGCUGCUGGGAUCUUGCUGGUGGUAGUAAUAGUAAGUGCAGUAUGCUAUGCACGAAGACGUAAAGAAAAAGCACAUGCAGGUGAGAAUGGGGGUCCUUUGGAGAUGGAGGGUGUAAAAAUGGCACUCGAAGAAAAAAAUGACUUAAAAAAGUUAUCUGACAGCUCAAAUGGUCCAGACAGAGGAUGGCAGACAGAAGAGCCACUCAUGGAUUCCGUUAGAAUAGUAAACAACAACGAUGCACCCACAGGCCGACUUCCACAUUCUUACUUUUAAGCUGAGGAGUAAGACCAAACCAUGGAACUCAUACACACUCCCAGCAGCAGCUGGUGGGGAUUUCUAAGACAAUGUCUAGGCUUGCUGGGAGACAUGCCUAGGAGAUAGCUGUGCUGUCUAGGCUUUCAGGCAGAGGACACAAAAAGAAGAUCUGAACAGCUCGUGGCUCCAAAUGCAAGCAAUAAACAAAGUAUUUUGAAGCAACUGCAUGUGAAACAAAUAUUGCUUGUGAAUCUUGAAACAGAGACCUCUGUUGCUGUUGCGUUCUUACCGGGAAGGUACAUCGCGAUGAACACCAAACGACAUUGGGAAACUCAUGCACUGCAUCUGCAAGUGGACUUGUGCCAAAGGGCCACACAUGGGGUCAGAAGAGACAUUACUGUGCAAAGAAGUAAGAAAGUCUUACAAGCCUUCUAAAGUGAAGGGACUGCACUUACCCGACUUGAGAGGGCCGCAUUUCAACAACAUUUUGUAACAAAAAGAAAAUAUAUAUAUAUACACCAAGAAAACAGCAUGCGCCCUGAUCCUGUGGGAAAGGGACGUUGACUUUGCUUGAUGAACUAAACUGGCAAUUAUAUUUGGGGUUGGCGGGGUACAAGGCACCGAUUGCUGGACAAGGUGGUGCUGAUUGCUAAUAAUUGUCUGCCGUAA